CAGUUUUGCAACUCUUGAGUUUUACAUGUGUUCACAAAAAACUGUACAUAUCACCACAACUACUUCCCAGGACCCUGCGUUCACUAUAUCUGGUCUCCCCAGACCCUGCAUUUACUAUAUCCGGUCUCCCCGGACCCUGCAUUCACUAUAUCCGGUCUCCCCGGACCCUGCAUUCACUAUAUCCGGUCUCCCCGGACCCUGCAUUCACUAUAUCUGGUCUCCCCGGACCCUGCAUUCACUAUAUCUGGUCUCCCCGGACCCUGCAUUCACUAUAUCUGGUCUCCCCGGACCCUGCAUUCACUAUAUCCGGUCUCCCCGGACCCUGCAUUCACUAUAUCCGGUCUCCCCGGACCCUGCAUUCUCUAUAUCCGGUCUCCCCGGACCUUGCAUUCACUAUAUCUGGUCUCCCCGG